AAGACCAGAACUUCAAAAUAAAGACAAACUAUUGCGUCUGCCCUUUGUUGCUUUUGUCUUCUUUCCACUUGGUAUAUAAUCCAUCAGCAACCGAACAAAAAAACCUCAAUGCCUCGGCAAAGAACGAACAGAAACUGCACCGUACCCAGGGACUAAUGGUGGGUGAUACUCAUGAUAAACGUUCUUGCUCGUUACUUGACUCUUUCCUUCAUAUUUCGAGAUGGUCGUGCUGCUUUACCUCCUCCACUCCCGCGCCGGCCACCGGUCGUCAAUCGUCGUCGGCGGAAUGCCUUCCGACCGCCGGUGCCUGAGAAAGCUCUCCAGAUUUCCUGGCUAUCAUCACGUACGCUGAAAAAGAGGUGCUUUCGGUAUGAUGAUCAUAUUGUCUUAUUAUUGCUUGCUUGGAGUAGAGACAUUAAGCACGGUGCAUGUGAUAGCCCGCUACAACGGCAUCAUCAUGAUUCUACAUCCAUUUCCAUAUAUAUAUACUGGUUCUCAACUCCGACACUUCAUUCUUCCUCGUUCUUGGUCCCGUCUCUUUUAUCUUUCUUCAUUGACCAUACCCUGACAUCGCAUCAUCAUUUUUCGAUCAUGCCAAUAAAAGCCGUCAACAGGGAAAGAGAAUAUCUUCUGCAAGCUCAAGAAGAUCCAUCAGUAAAAUUAGAACAAUCGCAUACUACGCCCUUACCGAAGUUACAGCUUCUCAUUGCAUGCUUCGUUCGAGUCACAGAGCCAAUCGCCUUCAUGGCAUGCUUUCCCUAUAUCAAUCAGAUGCUACUGGACACUGGGGUUGUAGAUGAUCCGAGGAAGACUGGAUUCUACGCCGGCCUUAUUGAAAGCAUGUUUGCCGUUGCUGAACUGCUGACUGUCUUUCAAUGGGGAACCGCUAGUGAUAGAUGGGGGAGAAAGCCUGUAUUACUGAUUGGAUGCGCUGGAGCGGCACUCUCAUCGAUCCUCUUUGGCUUUGCCACGACAUUCCCGAUGAUGGUCUUGACAAGGGUGAUCAAUGGGUUAGCAAAUGGUAAUGUUGCGGUACUCAAAAGCGUCAUUGGAGAACUAUGCGACGAGACGAAUCAAUCUGUUGCUUUCUCUUUCUUCCCUCUUUCAAUGGCUAUUGGUACAAUUUUAGCAUCCGCUAUAGGAGGCUACUUUCCACGCAUUACAGAUCGCUACCCCAAAUUGGGUCAGACAAUCCCCAUUUUGGAUCGGUAUCCUUACCUACUUCCCUGCCUAGUCGCUGCAAUCUUUCCUUUGAUAAGCGGAUUGGUUGCUUGGAUAUGGAUGGAGGAAACGCUGCCUCCGAAAACAAAGGGUAUGCAGGUCGAAGAUCAAUCACAAUCUCGAUCUCAAGUUCAUCAUGCUCAUUCACAUACCACCGUACAUUAUUCUUCUACAGAUGAAGGUGACACGCGAGUGGAAGGUGCAACCGACCAUCAUAACACUUGGGCUCCUCCUGGGCAUAUAGAUGACCACGAAGAUGACGCACCGGUAUCUUUCCGCGACCUGCUAACACCCGAUAUCAACGCCCUAAUGACGUCCUUCGGUCUUCUCCAGCUUCAAGGUAUUUCAUUCUUGGGCCUUCUACCUCUGUUCUGCUUCACUCCGGUCCCUUCAGGAGGACUGUCAUUUCCUUCUGGUAAAAUAGGCCUGGCCAUGUCCAUAAGAGGCGUUAGCACCAUCGCUGUUCAACUAUUCGCAUUCCCAUGGCUUUCAAAAAGAAUUGGGACGGUUAAACUUUACAAGAUGCUGGUAAUCCUUUUUAUACCCGCAUUCGUGCUUUUGCCAUUCUGUAAUGUCAUGGCGAGAAGUGGGAGGGAUGCAUGGGUCUGGAUUGGCUUAUCAGGAAGCAUGGUGUUGUACGCUAUAGGGAAUAUGGCUUUCGCUUGUAACCUUAUUAUGGUCAAUGACGCUGCCCCAAAUCGUCGUUCAUUAGGCGCCAUCAACGGCUGGUCUCAAGCGGUCUCCUCUCUCAUGCGAGCUAUUGGCCCUGGCACAUCAUCAGCAUUAUUUGCAUUAUCGGUAGACAAGCAUGUCAUGGAGGGACAGUUGAUAUGGGUUGUAUUAAGCGUUUUGAGCGUUGUCAGUGCGAUGGCAGCUUUGAUGUUGAAAAAUCAUCACCGAAAGGUCUGAAGGGAGAAAUGCGAGUCAUUUACUGUAUUUGAGAUGUAUUAUCGGUUUGACGCUCAGACAGCAGUCCAUACAGUGGAAAUAACUGCGCUGAGGUUCGGGAAGUGAGGCGAAUUAACAAAAAAAUCAAGCAAUUAUUGCUCCUAUUUGAGGUUCCCUCUUUAUCGUUUCGCAUUGUCAAUAUAUCCAGAACGGACAUGCAGCAGGUCAUCUUUCAAGGUGCGACACGUAAUAAUAACAUCUCAG